CGCUCAAGUUGGCAGCCCUUCCAAAGAGGUUCGCAAGACUCGCGAGCUGUUGUGGUUGUGGUGGUGGAGGAAGGGAGGAAGUCAUUAAAAUACAUACACACAUAUAACUUGUUUGUUUGUGGUGGAUGUUUUUUCUCAACAGGCCCCCUGAAGCAGGCUAACGCUGGUGAACAAUGGGUUUAUGAGCCAUGAAGGAAUGGCACCAUUUUCCGGUAUGUCUAGAAUGAGAAACCCCAAACCUUCUCCUAACAUGUACUACCCUCAAAACGAGGGUCAACCACUGAUGCCUCCAAUGCCGCAAAUGAGGAUGAACCAGCAGCCCAGCUACCUGGACGACAGACAAAUGAACAGCCCUUGUGGCUACCCCAGGAUGCCAAUGGGCGGCACGCCUCCUGAGUUCAAAUCGCCACCAAUGAUGCCCACGAUGACUGAGCCUCCGGGUCCGGCGCCAAAGAAGAAGCGGCGGAAUGCAGCGUCGGCACCGGCAGCGCCUCCACCACCAGUGCCCCCUGUGAUGGACAUCAUGCCGCGCCCGCCAACUGGCUACGGGGACACCAUAGUGGCCUCGAACCCUUUCGAUGACUCGCCCUCACACCCCCUGCCGAUGAUGAUGCCUCCAAUGCGCAAUAUGCCCCCCACAGCACAGCCAUCAAUGUCGUCCCCACUCAUGCCGGGCCCCAUGAGCCCAAUGAUGCGCAGCCCACUUCAGGACAACAUGAUGGGCCCCAACAUGCCUAUGCAGCCCAUGAUGAUGGGUCCCAUGGGGCCACAGCCCAUGCCCCCCAUGCCACAACAGCAGCAACAACAACCGCCGCAGCAGCAGCAGCCCCCAUUUUCACAAAUGGCCCCCAAGCCUAUGCCUGUCACAACUGGAAAGGUUUAUCCACCAGAUCAGCCGAUGGUGUUCAACCCCCAAAAUCCUAACGCGCCCCCUAUUUACCCAUGUGGAAUAUGCCACAAAGAGGUGCACGACAAUGACCAGGCCAUACUUUGUGAGUCAGGUUGCAACUUUUGGUUCCAUAGAAUAUGCACUGGCUUGACAGAGGCGGCAUUUCAAAUGUUAACAGCGGAAGUUUACGCCGAAUGGGUGUGUGACAAAUGUUUGACCAGCAAGAAUAUCCCCCUGGUCAAGUGCAAACCUUAAGAAUAAUAGAUUUAACCAAUUGACUGUUAACCCGCUCUUUACAAUGGGUGGAAUCACAAAAGUGCAAAGGAAGAAAAGCAAUUUUUAUUACUGCCUUUUUAUAUUCUGUAAAAUGUUACAAUAAACAACUAUUUUGAAAAUAUAUAAU